AUGUUCAAUGUCGAGAGGGAAAUAGUCAAUCGAACUAAUAACCCGCUCGAGCGAUUUCAUCGAGAGUUAAAAGCUCGUCUCAAGCGACAGCCAUCGCUCAAACGGUUCGUCAAGACAAUUGAGGAAAUUGCACAGCACUAUGUCAUUCUCCGCAGAGGAAUCAUUUCCGGUGUUGCACAAGCACCAGCACGAUCUACAAUGCGGUUUCCAAGGACCGCAAAACUAGCGGAAAUUGAAGAUAUUGAAGAAUCAGACAGCGAAAACGAAGGCGCUGCUGAAGCUGACGCCGAUAACAGCGAGUACAUUGAGGCGGUGUUAUCUUCUGACGAAGACCUGGAGCUGCUGUACGGCACCUCGCUCGAGUAUGAGGAGGCGACUGACGACUAA